AUGGCCGUUACUUACGAUGGACAGCUGAAGGGCCACCGUGGGUGGGUCACCUCCCUCGCCUGCCCGCAGUCCGCUGACUCGUACAUGAAGGUGGUGUCAACAUCCCGUGACAACACACUCAUCUCAUGGGGCGCCAACCCCGACCGCCACAGCGAGGAGAGCGACUACGGUCUCCCUGAGCGCCGUCUGGAGGGUCACAGCGCUUUCGUGUCUGACGUUGCUCUGUCGAACAACGGCGACUUUGCCGUCUCCGCCUCCUGGGACAACUCCCUGCGCCUGUGGAACCUGCAGAACGGUCAGUGCCAGCACAAGUUCCUUGGCCACACCAAGGAUGUGCUCGCCGUGACCUUCUCCCCAGACAACCGUCAGAUCGUCUCCGGUGGUCGCGACAAUGCUCUGCGUGUGUGGAACGUCAAGGGAGAGUGCAUGCACACGCUCAGCCGUGGUGCCCACACUGACUGGGUCAGCUGCGUCCGCUUCUCUCCCACCCUCGAGACACCACUCAUUGUUUCGGGUGGUUGGGACAACCUCGUGAAGGUGUGGGACCUUGCCAGCGGCAAGCUCGUCACCGAUCUGGUAGGCCACACGAACUACGUCACCUCCGUGACAGUGUCACCCGACGGCUCGCUCUGUGCCUCCUCUGACAAGGAUGGCGUUGCCCGCCUUUGGGACCUGACCAAGGGAGAGGCUCUGUCGGAGAUUGCUGCUGGUGCUCCCAUCAACCAGAUUUGCUUCUCGCCCAACCGCUACUGGAUGUGUGCUGCCACCGAGAAGAACAUCCGCAUCUUUGACCUGGAGAACAAGGAAGUCAUCGUUGAGCUCACACCGGAGGCACAGCAGAAGAGCAAGAAGGCACCUGAGUGUGUAUCCAUUGCGUGGUCCGCCGACGGCAGCACCCUGUACUCUGGCUACACAGACAAUGUCAUCCGCGUCUGGAGUGUGUCUGAGCAGGCAUAA